AUGACAGAGUCCAGCGCAACCAAGACGGAAGCGCCUCACCAAUAUCCGUCCAAUCAGAAGCGAAUCAUCAUCAUGCUGGCUCUCUACUUGGCAAUCUUUUUGGUCACACUGGACCAAAACAUUCUCGCAACCGCCAUCCCUCGCAUCACGGACGAGUUCAACUCUCUCGACGACGUCGGCUGGUAUGGCACCGCCUACCUCCUCACCAUGUGCAGCUUCCAGCUCAUGAUGGGAAAGGUCUACAAGUACUACCCGGCAAAGCCCAUCUUCCUCUCCGGCAUCUUCCUCUUCGAAGUCGGCUCGGCGAUUUGCGGUGCGGCUCCGAGCUCAGAUGCCUUCAUCGUCGGUCGUGCGAUUGCAGGAUUGGGAUCGUCGGGCAUGUUCUCCGGGCUCAUGGUCAUCAUGUUCAAUAUCAUUCCGCUGCAGCAGAGGCCUCUGUAUCAGGGCUUCUUCGGAGCCGUCUUUGCGGUCGCUUCUGUCAUUGGACCUAUCAUUGGAGGGACGUUUACCGAUAAAGUGACGUGGCGAUGGUGCUUCUACAUCAACCUGCCGAUAGGAGGCGUCUCCAUGAUCGUCACCUUUUUCAUCCUGCACCUGCCCAACCAGAAGCUUGACAAAGCAGCAGACGGAUGGCUGGCCAAGAUCCAGCAGCUCGAUCCCAUCGGCAACCUCGUCUUCUUCCCGGGCAUCGUGUGCUUGGUUCUGGCUCUCCAGUGGGGAGGCACCGAGUAUGCCUGGGACAACGCCCGCAUCAUCGUUCUCCUGGUCCUCUGCGGAGUCUUUGUUCUCCUCUUUAUCGGCAUCCAAGCGUGGAAGGGAGAGGAGGCUACCCUUCCCCCUCGCAUCAUGAAGCAGCGCAGCAUUGCGGCCACGGUCUGGUUCGGCUUCUUCAACGGAGGUAGUAUGAUGGCUGUCUUGUAUUACCUUCCCAUCUGGUUUCAGGCGAUCAAGAACGUCAGCGCUAUCGAUUCCGGCAUCUCGCUGCUCCCUAUGAUCCUUGCCACGGUUUUCGGCUCAUUGUCGUCUGGCGUCAUCAUCUCCAGGCUUGGCUACUACACUCCUUUCUUCUAUCUCAGCUCCAUCUUUGCAUCUGUUGGCGCAGGACUCUUGUCUACACUCACGCCUGAGACGGGACAUUCGAAGUGGAUCGCGUAUCAGUUCCUCUUUGGGCUGGGCCUUGGGUUCGGGUCCCAGCAGGCGUUGAACGUUGUCCAGACCGUUCUCGACAGGUCGGACAUUGCAACUGGAUCUGCGCUCGUCAUGUUCACUCGAUUCCUUGGAUCAGCCAUCUUCCUGCCGGUCGCACAAACCAUCUUCCUUAGCACUUUGGUCAAGAAAGUCUCAAACAUUCCUGGUAUCGAUCCUGACGAAGUCAUAAGUGCUGGCGCGACCGAUCUGAAGAACCUUGUUUCUGGAGAUGACCUCAAGACGCUGCUGUUGGACUAUAACGAUUCCCUAAUGCCAGUCUUCUAUCUGGUUGCAGCGAUAUCUUCUGCGACAAUGCUGGGCAGUGUGUUUGUCGAGUGGAAGAGUCUCAAGAAGCGUGCAAACAAGGACGCCGGUAUCACCAGCGAGGCGGCAUAA